AUGUGGUACAGGAGUUUGCUCAAGUACCGAGCGUCAUCUGCUCCCAGUCGCCAGGCCAUGACCACUCCGUGUGCAACAGUCAGCCAAGACCAUCUCCGGAACACCAUCGAUCAGUUUAUCAGCAUUUAUGAGGGACUUGACCAUGCCGACGAGACUCGAAAACCCAACUUUUCCUACACCGAACUCAUCUUCCUGUCUAUCAUGCGAUCUCCGAAUUUCUGUCUUCCUAUCAGUGAGAUUUACCGUUACAUUCAAACGCAGUAUGCGUUCUUCCACAAUUCUAGCAAAGAACACUGGAAAAAUGCUAUUCGUCAUAGCCUGUCUAAAACCAAAUGUUUCACCAAGAUUGGCCUGGAAAACCAGAAACCCCGAAACGGCGUUCUAAACAGAUCGGCUUUCCUGUGGACAAUAAUGCCUAAAAGUCUACUGAACUUUGCCCGAGGGGAUUACCGCCCCGACCAGUAA